CAAGAUGGCAGCUGUACUAAUCACAGGCUCAUUAGUUGUAGGAAUAUUUUUUCUAAUUGCAUUCCUAUUCAGAUGGCGGAAGAUAGACAUACCUGGACCAAAAGGCAUUCCUUUAAUAGGAAAUGCGCUACAACUCUCCAAAGACCUACCAUAUAUUCAGAUUCAAGAAUGGGCGAAGGAAUUCGGAAAUGUUUUUAAACUCCAACUUUUCAGAGAAGAAGUUGUUGUUUGUAGCGAUUAUGAAACGAUCAUGAUGACUAGGUCAGAUGAUUUUGCAGGUCGACCAAAAUCUUGGCGUUUCACUCUUUCAAUUCCUGGUGGCGAUAAAGCUAUACUCUUUCAAGACUUCAACCAAUCGCUUAAGCUUAUGCGAAAACUUACUGUACGAGGACUCAAACAGUAUGGAGAAGCAUCUGAUCGUAUAGUUGAUAUAUCUCUGGAAUCGAUUGAAGAAUGCAUUACAGAGUUUUUGUCACACAAUGGCGAAGCGUUUAAUCCAAUCAUACCCUUAGACCGAUGUAUCACGAAAUUCAUUAUGAAUCUGAUGCUUGGAGAAAAUGUGGACUUCAUAGAGGAUGAUUUCGUCGCUGUAGAGAAGAUGCAACGUGGAAUGGAACACAUGGCACAAGGGAGUGGCCAGGAGUUGGACAUCUUCCCAUGGCUGCGUCACUUUGGCACAAAGUCUUACAGAGUUUUAAUGGAAAUGAACAAAGCUGGCUGUGACAGCUGUAAGACAUGGAUUGACAGAUAUAGAUCCAAGUCCGAAGAAUCAAACUCGAAUGAUACCAAAUCCAUAACAACUGUAUUAGGCGUACUACUGACAGCUUACGAUGAUGGACUCAUAGAUAUGGACAAUGUCAACGGUGCACUCUUUGAAACCGCUGUAGCAGGUACUUUGACUACCAAAGCACACCUUGACUGUUUCAUUCUGCUUAUGCUUAAUUACCCGGAUGUCCAAGAGAGACUUAUUGCGGAGAUACAAGCUGCGAUUCCUGCAGACAAAUCUCCAACUCUCGCUGACCGUGAAAAACUGCCCUUCACAGAGGCAGUAAUAUUGGAGAACUUUCGAUUCAUGUCCCCAGCUCCAUUGGGCGUUGCCCAUAAGACCACAUGUAAUACCACUCUCAGGCGAUAUAAAAUACCCAAAGACACACAGAUUUGGACAAACGUAUGGGCAGCCCAUCAUGACCCUCGCUACUUCACUGACCCGCUUACUUUCAAGCCAGAGAGAUUUUUGAACAGUGAUGGCAAAGCUUACAAGCUAGCAGAUGUCAAAUCACGGCGGAAUGUAGACAUACCUGGACCAAAAGGCAUUCCCUUAUUAGGAAAUGCGCUACAACUCUCCAAAGAUAUACCAUAUAUUCAGAUUCAAAAUUGGGCGAAAGAAUUCGGAAGUGUCUUCAAACUCCAACUUUUCAGAGAAGAAGUUGUCGUUUGUAGCGAUUAUGAAACGAUCAUGAUGACAAAGUCAGAUGAUUUUGCAGGACGACCAAAAUCUUGGCGUUUCACCUUUGUAAUUCCUGGCGGCGAUAAAGCUGUCGCCUUUCAAGAUUUCAACGAAUCGCAGAAGCUAAUGCGAAAACUUGCUGUUCAAGGACUCAAACAGUAUGGAGAAGCAUCUAAUCGUAUUGUUGAUUUAUCUAUGGACUCGAUAAAAGAAUGCAUCGCAGAGUUUUUGUCACACAAUGGUGAAGCGUUCAAUCCAAUUACUCCCCUAGAUCGGUGUAUCACGAAAUACGCUUUGAAUUUGAUACUUGUGGACUUCAUAGAGGAUGAUUUCGUCGCUGUAGAGAAGAUGCAGCGUGGAAUGGAACACAUGGCACAAGGGAGUGGUCAGGAGUUGGACAUCUUCCCAUGGCUGCGUCACUUUGGCACGAGGUCUUACAGAGGUUUGAUGGAAAUGAACAAAGUUGGUAGUGACAUCUUUAAGUCAUGGAUUGAUAGAUUUAGAUCCAAGUCCGAAUCAAACUCGAAGGAUACCAAACGCAUAACAACUGUACUAGGCACACUACUGACAGCUUAUGAUGGUGGACUCAUAGAUAUGGACAAUGUCAAUGGUGCAUUAUUUGAAACCAACCUAGCAGGUACUGUGACAACCAAAUCACACCUUGACUGUUUCAUCCUGCUUAUGCUUAACUACCCGGAUGUCCAAGAGAGACUUAUUGCGGAGAUACAAGCUGUAAUCCCUGCAGACAAAUCUCCAACUCUCGCUGACCGUGAAAAACUGCCAUUCACAGAGGCAGUAAUAUUGGAGAACUUUCGAUUUAUGUCCCCGGCUCCAUUGUGCAUUGCCCAUAAGACCACAUGUGAUACAAGUCUCGGGCAAUAA